UUUCAGACAAUCAGUUCUCGCUUCUUUCCUCAUCCCCUUAUUCAAACCGAUGCUAUAUUAAACCUUGAUGAAGAUGUGUUUCUCUCUACAGAAGAGGUGGAUUUUGCUUUCAAGGUGUGGCAGUCUUAUCCCGAAAGGAUUGUGGGAUACCCUGCUCGUUCCCAUUACUGGGAUGAAACUAAGUCCAGUUGGAGUUAUACCAGUAAAUGGACCAAUCAGUAUUCCAUUGUACUAACAGAAGCAGCGUUCUACCAUAGGUACUACAACUAUUUAUACACUCAUUAUCUGCGUGACCUUCUACACAAGACCGUGGACCAAUCACAGAACUGUGAGGAUAUCCUGAUGAAUUUUUUAGUCAGUCAUGUGACCAAGCUCCCGCCUAUCAAAGUGACACAACGAAAACAAUUUAAAGAAAAUAAGACGUACCCAAGUCUUUGGAACGAUCCGGACCACUUUAUUCAAAGGCAAGUUUGUGUGAACACCUUUUCUCAAAUAUAUGGAUACAUGCCCUUGGUGAGGUCACACCUUCGUCUCGAUCCAGUUCUUUAUAAGGAUCCUGUGUCCAAUCUUCGGAAACGCUACCGAAAGCUGGAGCUGGAAGGAAUAAAAUAAGAAGAGACUAUUAAUGUACUUGAAACCUAUUGAACAUAUAUACGGGUCUGUUGAUGGUGUCGAACUCUUGGUUAGUGAAUAAAGCACUUACUGAAAAAUAAGGUAUAAUACUUUUCGUCAGGCAACAUUGUAUGUUGUUCUGGUCCCCUAACGUUAAUUCUAACAGUUAUAUAUUGUACUUGAAACCUAUUGAACAUAUAUAUAUACGGUCUGUUGAUGGUGUCGAACUCUUGGUUAGUGAAUAAAGCAAUUAUAAUAAGGUAU